AAAUUGAAAUGAAAUAUGGCAAAAAGAAAUGCUUUUCCUUGUAUUUCAACUGGAGUCUAUGGUUAUCCCAAUGAUAAAGCAGCAGAAGUUUCUUUACAAACAGUACGGAAGUGGAUGGAAUCCAAUCAUGAUAGGGUUGACCGAGUUAUUUUCUGUAUUUUCCUGUCCAAAGAUGAAGACAUUUACAGAGAGAAGAUGCAGAAAUAUUUUCCCUUAAAUGAGAAAAAAUGUGCAGCAACAACAGCAGAGGAAGACAAAGAACCAGUAGUAGUAGUGAAUGUUGAAAGUAAUCAAGUUGCAGCUAAUGCAGAAUUUUCACUUAUCAGGGACACCAAGAAGGGUUCUGUCACCACCCAGCAAUCAUAUAAAGGAUAGGGUGUGUGUCAAGAAUAGUGGAAUUUAAGAAACACAAUAACAACACUAAUUAAUUUGAAAUAUGGUAAAGCAGUCUUUGAGAAAAUAUUUGGGGUUGUUCACCCAUCAUAGUGGUGGUGGUGGUGGUGUUUUGGUGUGGCAGCAUAUAUAAAAUGAGUUACAAUUUUG